AUAAGAAUCGAUAUCACAAACGACGAUCCCAGGGUCAGACUUACUCGAAGACUCUUGGCCGACUAUCAUGCACGGAAGCAACUGCAUCACGAAAAUCUUUUGCCUCUGCUCGGUUUCAGUUACGAAUUUGGGCUACUUCCAGCGAUGGUUUUCCCCUGGAUGCACAACGGCUCGCUCACCACAUAUCUUGAACACCAUUUCACAGAAUUGACCAUCGAAAAAAGCUCCGGAUCUUGCGGCAAGUCGCUGCAGCCAUCAGCUACCGUAUGUGAAAUCUUCAAUAGUUUAUGAAAACAAUGAGUAACGCCAUUGCAGUCCACUCGAAGGGCAUCGUCCACGGCAACCUUACUGCUAACGACAUUCUGAUAGAUUCGGAUCACAAUGCCUACGUAGCAUACGAUGGAAUCCUCAAGGACGAAGAGUCAUCGACUCCUCCACAGCCAGCUAGCGAUAUUUAUUCCUUCGGAUGCAUCGCGCUUCAGGUUAUGACAGGUCAAUCACCCAAUGCAGAUGUGCGAAACGACCAUCAAGACACUGUCCCGAAGAAGCCUACAAGACCAUCGAGUCCGCACGACGCAGAUUCUUCUGGGAUUUCAUUGAGAAAUGCUGGAGUGAUGUAGGACGUCGCCCCUCUGCUGUUGAUGUCACGAGCUUUCUAGGAUCAUAUCACUGCGCUAGUUGAACGAUCAGAGAACUGAUGCUAAGCCUGACGCUUACCACUACGUCAUAGACGCACAGACGCACAUAUCCUGUAUAUAUCUUAUCUCUCUCUUUCCGUACCGUCAAUCAUACGCUCUUCCACGUAUCUGUUUGUUUAGUGUUGCCGUCGACGUGACGGCGUUCCAACUGAUGAUUUCAUUUUAUCUAUGUAUACAAGGACCCCGGCCCCCCUUCUUUUAGACAUGAUGC